AUGGAGUAUGUAAAGUCAACAGGAUGCUACCAGCCUCUGACAUCGGACCAGACUCCAGUCUCUUCUCUAGCUGAAGAUGUAGCUUUUGCUGAUAUUACGAAAGUCAGCUCCGAAGAGUUUGCAAAACAAAUCACCUUGAUAGAACUUUCGUACUUUAAAGCCAUACAUAGAGAGGAGUUUGCAAGUUUAAAAUGGAAUGGCAGGGAAAAACACUUGUGCGCUCCGAAUAUCGUUGCCUCAACCAGAUGGUUUAAUCAAAUUAAUUUCUGGGUUCAAAAAGAAAUCUUAAAAUACUCAUGCGUUUCAAAGAGAACUGAGAUGUUGUCAUUUUUUAUCAAAAUUUCCAAAAAACUUGUGGAAUUUAAUAAUCUGUAUUCUGCCAUGUCAAUAAUAUCUGCUCUACAAGUGGAAUGCAUUUAUCGUUUGAGGCACACAUGGGCUGGUCUCGGAAACAAAGAUCGGGCAGCGUACAGGCGUCUGGAGGAGCUUUUCAGUCAGAAUGAUAAUUGUCGCAGACAGCGCGAACAUAUGAAUUCUAUCAGUCUUCCUGGUAUCCCUUACCUAGGUUUAUAUUUGUCUGAUUUAACGUAUACAAAUGUGGCUCAACCGCGUAUAAAUGGAAAACCAACUGCCGUAUGGUUCACAAAAAUCAACUCGAUUAUUGAUAAAAUAGCAUAUUUUCAACAAUCUGAAUACUCCUUUGCUGUGGAUGAAACUCUCAAUGCAUAUCUAUGUGCUCAACGCUACAUAGAAGAGUUACAGAAGUUUCUAGAAGAAGAUAAUUAUAAAACUUCACUUAUUUUAGAACCUCCUCCUACGUUACCCACACCAUCCUUGUCAUAUUUACCUCAGAAAAUAUACGGAACAACUUCCUCAACCAUCUCUAGUUCCAAUAAUAGCAAUCUAGACAGUAGUAAUAUUUUAAAGAACCAAAAUAGUUCAUCAACAAACGCAUGUCAUUCAAACAAUACUGGGUUAACAUUUGACGGUCGGAAUAGUGGAUUUGGAUUCCGAUCACCGUCAAAGCUGUCAAGUUUCGUUCAUAAUACAAAAAAUUCUCAUCAUUAUCAAAAUCAUAGUCGUCAUGGGUCUAAUGUCUCAUGUAAAGGUGCAACAGUUAAUUCUAGUUUCGAAGCAGAUCUAUUACCUACACUGAUGACGAAACACAUUACACAUUCAAAUGACCAUAUAAACAAUCCCAUACAAGUCUCUAAUUCAAACAAAUUAUUGGAGUGCAAAACCGAUCAACUCAAAUCUAUGCGUAAAGUAUCUUGGGAACAAACUGAAGGCAUUACGAAGGACGAGACAUCUCAAUCACAACAUCUACGGAAAGAAUUCUCCACAUUACCUAGACCUAAAACUAAAAAUUCCUUCAAUGUGACAGAUUCCGAUUUCCUAUGCACUUCAGAGCCCCAGUCUAGUACUCAAGAAUUGGAGUUUCUUUUUCCUGAACAUAAAAGUUCACAGUUGCCUCCAAUUCCACCAAGACCAUUUAUUGAUUGUGAACAAACAAAACAUUCUACUCUUAGUCGAUCGGAAUUAAAAUCUGAACAACUAAAUCUCAGUCAAUCACUCGUAACAACUGACCAAUGUAUCAGUCCAAAGUUAUCGUCUACAAAUUAUUGCAAAUCGUUUUCUGUUAGUGGAUCACUUCCUGUUAACGAUGUUUCACCAUCAAAUAUACCAGCUACGUCAUCAGUCACUAAUCUUUUGUCAGAAUUCAGUUUAUGUUCUAUGAAUGAUGUAUUCAACUCGUCAGCGGUUGCUGUAGCCGCAUGCGCAACUUCUUUAAGUGCUGUAGAUGCUUCAUGCACCACACCAACUGCACCACUGUCGUCAUCAUCUGUAGCGGCGAUAAAUCCUAGCUGUGGUAAAUUUGACGACGUACCAUCAUCAGAUAAAUCUUUUGAACAUCAUUUUUCAAUACUUGCUACAUCAACUCCACCGGAAUCACCAAAUGUCAAACAAAAUUCAUCAACUACGGAGGCACACGUCAACAACAGUCCGUGCAUUUCAUACUCAUCAGUAGUCCCUGACUAUUUUGGUGUUAGAGUUAUAUGUCAAGGUGUUGUUCAACGUCGAACUGUAUACCGUUUCACACCAACAACAAAUACCAAUCAAAGUUUCGACACUGUUUGUUCAAAUAGUGCUUUGUUUACAUCAUCAAUCCAUGCUUCUAAUUCUUCUCUAUCCGGUUCUUCAGUGAUUGUCUCGGGAUCGACGGCUACAAGACAAAUGUUUCACAAUCCAUCCUCUGCGUGUCGACCAUCUGGUUUCUCUAAAUGGCGUCGUCUGUGGGCUACUUUGGUAAUGGUAGGUGAUGGUCUCACUGCCUACAUGAUUUAUUUUGAACCAAAAGUAAAAAAUGCAGUCUACCGCAAUCAGUUUCAGGCUCACCAAUGCCAAAUCCAUUGUCUGUUUAGUCCUCCUGCAAUUAGUGCUUUCAAUUGUCAGAGUAAAGGGAAUAAUUUUAAAAAACUACAGAAUCCAACUGAUGACUCGGCAGAAGUAGACGUAGCUGAGGUUUCGGAGCUUCUAACAGAAUCAGACUGCAAAUCCGAGAUCUGUACUAAUAUUCAUUUUAAAACUGCUUAUGACCUUCCGAAUCCCAACUUAUUAUUUAUGGCUGCGAAAGCAGAGCCUGGUAAACAUCGAAAUGGCAAAACCUAUCGCUUUCGACCAAUGGUUUUUCCCACAGAAAACCCUACAACCAAUUCUUUACCAAAACCUGACACUAUUCGUUCCAGUGGAGCAUUAAAUUGGUUUCUUCGUAGUGGCCUACAAAGUUCCCAUGCCUGCUCUAGAGUAUCUCAGUCAUCUGGACAAUCAUUUUCGCCAGAAGUAAAUAGCCCUGGUCGUACACGUGGUCUAUCGGCUCCGGGAUCGUUUAUUCAUCCCUAUGUUGGUUCUCGUUCUUCUGUUAAGAAGGGCAAGAGAGCUGCUAUAACUGAACGUAGAGACUCAUCUACACUCGAAUGUUUAUCGACCAACGAGAAUGUUGACCUAUGGCUAAAAUGUAUUCAGUCUGUUAUGGGACAAAUCUAUAAAGCGUAUCUACGCCAAAUUGUAUCGUCACACUGUACGACUCAAUCAAAAGCCACAAAUAGAACAAAUGACAUUUAG